CACGGUCGGUUCGGUCCAGACGGUUUCCUUUCUUUACCGCGCGAGCGAGCUAGCGUCCUUCUCGCCAGGUGUCGGCCUUCCCUCCCAUUGUUGUGUUGCCCGUUUCCUCAUCCUGUGUGUUGCACCGCGGUUACAACGGUGCGUUGCGUACGAUUCCCACCCGGCAGUGUGUGAUUGUGUGUAUUGUGCCGCGUUUGUGGUGUGUGUGUGUGUAUUUUGUAAGGUGUUUUCCACACCCUCGCCCCCAGGGUUGUUGUGGCAUCUAGCUUUGGAGCUUUUGCCCCCGGGAGUGUGUUCUCCUUCCAGUGUUCAGUGUUUUAGAUAAUUAAUGCAGCUGAAAAUGCAAGCCGUCCGUUUCCUGCCCAGUCUGUUGCUGUUGGUGGUGUGCACUGCGCUCACAGCUACCGCACAGGUCGUAGACACGGAACCACGUUCAAUAACGGUCGUAGAGAAUCAGGAAAAUGUAAACCUCCACUGUCGGAUAGGCCGUCCGGCACAGCUUUGUGUCAUCCGAAUCCCGGGCGUAAAUGAUCAGUUUACGCUUGAUCCCAACAUAAAGUCACCCGUGCCUGGAUUGUCCUACGCUGGCGAAGGUUUGGACAAAGGUUCGUGCGGUGUACAUAUCGACCGUGUCACUGCUGAAAAUGCCGGCUUCAUGAACUGUACGCUGUUCGUCGAUGGACGCGGUUUGACCGGUGCGAUCGAGAUUGUGGUUGCAUUCCCACCGGAACAGCCCGCCAUUGAGGUCGUCUCGGGUAAUCUGAACAAUCUGGAGGUAAACAGUGAGCUCACCUUCCGGUGCAUCUCGGCACGCGGCAAUCCGGCGGCAAAGUUGUCUUGGUACUUGGAUCAGGAACCAAUUUACGAAGGUGUGAAAUUGGACAAACCGGAAGAGUACUUUGAUGAGCGUUCCAACAAGCGUUACUUCACUGCCUCAUCCACACUGACCCGUUCGAUUCGGGCCGAGGACAAUGGUAAACGUUUAACUUGCCAGGCCGAACAUAUCGCGUACCAGGAAAGAUUUUCCCGUACCGAUCUUAUCAUGAACGUGAACUUCCAACCGCAAGCAUUGCCCGACCAGGUCGUCUAUGGACUGCAGCUGGGACGUACGGCAACGGCCAGCAUGGUUAUCAAAGCGAACCCUUCGCCCCGAGUACUGUGGAACAUUGAUGGAAUCGAUUAUCACCAGGGUACCGAACAGGGACGAUAUGCCGUACCGAUUCCGGAAGCAUUGGGUAACAAUCACUACAACGUCUCGCUGACCAUUGCCGGUCUCACGCUGGAAGAUCUGUCGAAAAUGUACGUGAUGCGAGCCUCGAACAACUUCGGCGUGGAGGACUACCGGCUAAGCCUGCGCUCGCAGGACGAAGUAUUCAGCGAAUCGAGCAGCUUCGGUACGGGUGAAAUCGUUGGUCUGGUGCUGGCGGUACUGAUCGUCCUGUUGGCCGUCGCCCUCAUCUUCAUCGCUCGUGCUACCGGUAGAUGGUGCUUCCGAGGCGCUUCCCUCAAUACCGAUAUCAAUCCGGACUCGGAGGCACAGAUUACGCCGCACCCGCACGAUGACGAGAUUGACGAGCGGCAGCAAACGCAGGACCCGGCCGCCCACUACGUGCACGAAGGUGACGAGAAGCAUGCGGCCACUAAUGGGAAGCACGAGAAUGGGAAGCAAACAAAGGCGCAACAGCAACCGGCAGCAACCGUUGUCGUCGCACCGCCGGUCGUCCCAACCAAGCAGGAAAAUGGCAAAACUGACAGCAAAACGAACACAUCCGUGUAGAUUUCUCGCAGCGUUCGUGAUUGGGGACGUGGGAAUCAUCCCCGAAGAUGGAGAGAGAGAGUGUGAUGUUGUAGACAACAAAACCCCGAAAGUAGUAGCAGUAGUAAUAGCAGUAGUAGUAGUAACAAACAACAAAGCCCCAUCGGAGGGACGAGAGUGUGAAAGUGGAAGAGAAGAAUAGGGAACUAAUUAACGGAUGCCUUGUAAAAACAUGGCCGAAGAUCUGUUAUUUGUGGGGCAAAAAACAAAAGAAAGGCAGUCGGAAGAGGGGACACACUCUUACCAUGGAAAAUAGAAAUACUUCAUAAAACCUCCAAAAUCAGCGCAAAAAACACACGCAAGAGCAGGGAAAUUUGGCCCUUUCUAAAAGGAUGCGCGUAGUCCUUUUUCUCUCGCAGGAGUUGUUGUUUUUUUAACCUCAUUUAGUGUUGCAUCUUUUUGGGAAAAAUCUUGCCCCAAUCUAAAACACACUUAACAGAGAACCGUUCAGUAGUAGACGUCCCCCUCACUCUCUUAUCAAGCGCGCGCGGGAUGGGUGAUUAAUACAUCGCGCAAAGAAAAGGAAUCGUUUCUCAUUUUGUGUUGCUGUUUGCUUUAGUCUUGCUUUAGUUAAUAGCUGAGCGAUAGCCGAACAAAGCAUAAUGAUUGAAAUAAUCGAAUCUCAUCGAGAAAACCAACUGGAACAAUUAAAUCCCUCACACACAGACCCAUUUUCAACGAAAAAGAGCUUCACGCGAGAUGAAAAAAGGAGUUCAAAGAAGUAAAAGAAAGGUUUUAAAUUUAAAGUUGGCUCAGAAGGGCAACCCGCGCGCGCACAUUAAGUGUUUCGUGGAAGUGAAAAUGUUUUGAUUAAGAAAUAAGUCCGACUCGAAAACGAAAGAUGAACAUUGUGUGAACUGUGUAGAUUGUAGAGAAUACUUUAGUUUAUCGAAUAGAAGAAAACAUGAAUGAUGAAUCGUCGUAUACGCGCGAAAGAAAAGGGGAAAAAAGAGUGACGACCCCUCAAAGAGUGAACCCCCCGAUGCGUGGGUAAAGGAAUUCCAGUUUUCAUUGCUGGGUAUAGAUAUACACCUUCCGGUGAAAAUCAAUUCAAUUGGCAUUUUACAUAAAGUUUUUGUCCGUUCCGUUCCACUUAACUGUACUUAAUUAAAAUUUUGUUCACCAAGACGCGUAGUAUCAAAUAAAAGCGAGAACAAAAGAUCAACCAAUUCCAUAUACAUGAACCGAGUUCCUUCUAGUGGAACACUAUGCUAAGAAAACAACAUGUAAGAAGAAAUUUGGACAAAAACGAACUCAUAUACACGUUACAAAACGAAGGCGAGUGUGUUUUUAGGGUUUAAUGAGAUGGCAAGCACCAUUUGGCGCAUUUGUGUGUUUUAUUUAAACCCAUGAAAAAGCAGACCCGUGUGUGGUGGAGGUGGUGCUAUGGUCGGCCAUUUUGGGACCGUGGCACCACCACAAAGCUAUUUAAAAACUAGGAAACGCGAUACUUCUUAUUAUCAUAAGCGCGGCUAAAUGUUGUUUUUUUUUUGUCUAGGGUAAGCAUAGUUUUUUGCACAAAGUGUCCAUAUUCAGGAAGACAAGCGAUUUAGGAAAUACGUUUAAUGUUUACUUUUACUUUUUUUACAACAAUAACUUACUACUACUAUUGCAGUGCGCGUGCAGCUUUUGGGCAGCCAUUUGCGCCGCGGCAGAAUCUCUUUAGCGCAGGGUUUGUCCUGUUUGCAGAAUUUUAACGCGAAACGACAAUGAAUGUGAAGUAACAAUUUUUGUUUUCGGUUUUUCCAUACAUAAAUUUCAUUCAAACACAAUACAAAUAAUCUGUCACCCUCGAACUCGAAUAAUACACACAAUCAUGGCAGCACACCGUAAUAUAAAUAAUAUUAUGAAGCACAUUACCAACACUGGCGCGCGUGCGCGUGCGUCAAGUAACAAGUGGUCGGAAAAAAAAACACACACACCGGAAGAACAAUCUCAAGAGAAUGAAACGUUUUAAAACUUAUUCCGUAAUUAUUUUUUUUAUAUAAAUUGUAUAUACUUGAAACGAAUAAAAUGCUAUCA